CCUGCUCUUGUUGUUAUUGUUGUUCCUGUUCAUUGGUUUGCGACUGCAGCUGCUUUAGUUAUUGCUCUUGUUGUUGAUAGUGGCACUGGUGACGAUGAUGGCAGUGACGGCGAUGUUGUUUUUGCGGCAAUAAGAGUUGAAGUUGAAGUGAAAGUGCUUGUAUGUAACACUAGUGAUAGAAUGAGCGAAAGGAUGAUCUGA